CAAGCUUAGAAGGGUCAUGGGGCAGGAGUGCCCGUUGCGUCCUUGCAUAGCAAGGGGUGACUGUCAAAGAGGUGAGCAUGGCCGUGCUCGCCAUUGAAGGGCACAAAAAGCUUGAAUCUGCACAGCAGGAGCUCUUUGAUGCAUUUAGUGCGUGCUUCAAGACGGUCAAUGGCAGAAGCGUGGAGACAUGGCAGCCGCAUGAGACAAUCAUGCUUUGCAAUGAUACGACCUUCUUCGAUCUUGCAGAAGCGUUGCGAUCGGAGAUUUCCACUUUGACUGGUGAAAGUUUGGCUCCUGUCACUGAUGUAGCCAGCAUUGCGGCUUUGGCAAAAGCUAGAGAGUUGCAUUUGGAGGGAGACCUAACUACAGAGAACUUGGCGGAGACGGUCUUCCGGACGCAGUUGCUGGGAGAGCUUCUCGUAGAUUUGCAGGCUUGCCGGCUGAUGGCCAAGAAGUACUGCUGCACUGAUCUGCGAUUGGAGCUCUCAGACAAGGCGACCAGCGAGGCAAAGGACUUGGUCGAGGAGGUCGCCAAAGCGUUUGGGAUCAUUGCAUAUGCUGCCAGGAGAGGAGGCAAAGGUGCAUACAAAGGCAAAAGCUCUGGCGCACAGCCAGCAGACGAAAAGGUUCAGGCGUUGGAGGAGGUGGCAAACAAAAUAGAGAGUGACACUUCGUGGUCAGGGAAAAGGUUUGAUCACCUCCUAUACCCGUACUGGAGUUUGAACCCGGAACAGGAGCGGACAGUGUACGAGGUGAUGGAAAUCUUCAACCAGGAAUACUCUGUAAGGCGAAAGGUGCUCACACGCCGUCUUGAUGUGACCAUUCAGGCCUUCCUUUGGUCGCCCAAAGCCGAUUCCUACAUGGAGCAGAUUUCACAGGCAAUUGCGGCUGUAAUGGAUUGGCGAGAUCAUUUGAGUUCUGCCAAUAUCGGGAGCUGGCACAUGUUGGCAACUGAUGAAAAGACGGUUCAAGAGCCUCCAAAGAUUUCUUCCAUUACGGCGCUGAAAUCUGUGGUGAAGACAAUUAUCAUUGGUGCAGUGCCUGAUCGAGGUGGUGUACCUGAAGGCUACACUGUCGAAGAUAUCGCCAAAGACAUCGUGAAAGCAAACGUAGCCCUCACCAAAAAAGACCAAGGUGGUGGUGGAAAAGGUGCCUCUGCGCAGACUGCAGCUGCAAUGUCCGCAAAGAGAUGGGUUGGGAAGGGCAUGGGCUCGGGAGAAGCGCGAGACAGUCCCCGAGGAGGCGGUGGAGGUGGUGGUGGUUAUGGCGGCGGAUACUAUGGUGGAAAAGGUGGUGAUGGUGGCGGUGGUGGGUACUAUGGCAAGGGAGGAGGCGGAGGUGGCUACUACUCCCAGGGUGGAGGCAAAGGCGGUGGUGGUGGAGGCUACUAUUCCCAGAAAGGAGGUGGCGGCGGGGGUGGCGGCUACUACGGGCAAGGUGGAGGUGGUGGCGGCUACUACUCACAAGGAGGUGAUGGAGGUGGAGGUGGAGGUGGCUACUACGCGCAAGGAGGCGGUGGAGGCGGCUUCUAUGCACAAGGUGGAGGUGGUGGAGGCGGAUACUACGAGAAGGGUGGAGGUGGCGGUGGAGGAGGGUACUAUGGUGGCAAAGGGGGAGGAGGCUUUGGUGGACGGCAGCAAGACAGGCCGCCGACAUCAAAGGGUUGGACUAAAGGUGGAGGAGGUUGGUAGGUCCAAAAUGGUGCAAAGGCACAUCGACGCUGUACAGAGGUUUCAGAAGCGGCAAUUUCAGCUAUGCUUCCCAAGUCAGACUUUGUAAAUAGUGCCUCAACAUGUCUCAACAUGUCUGAACUCUCAGAAACUUCCAUGGUGUGGCCAUGCGCGUCACAUGCUACCCUGCUACGGUCUAUGGCUUUUGCGAUGGAUCUGUGACGCCAAAGUUUUUGGGCUGUGCGAAAUGUGUAUGUCGGAGAAGGCACUCUGCCUCCGCUGAGUUACUCAGAUGUUAAUAAACCUGACCGCCGGGUUUCCGGACCCAUGAAAUGGUCAUGCAGCGCCAUGCAGUUCUGCUGACAAAAGGACACUGCUGCACCAAGCAAUUGCUCCCAAUGGUAC